CAUCGAGCUUCACCGUCACUUCUGUAUCCGAGUAGCCUCGAUCACUACACCGCAUACCUCCUCGAUUCAACUUCGCUCGAUUCCCACCACUCUCGAGGCUCCGCUACACUCACGAUGGCGGAUCGCAAGAAGAGGGACAGAUAUGCGGGCGCCGCGUACGAGUUCGGAGCCAAUGCUGGACUGAACGCUGGUGGAGCUGCUCCUCCCCCUCAGCCAGCUGUCCCUGGAUACGGAGCGGGUGCCCCUGGAUACGGAGCGGGUGCACCUGGAUAUGGUGCCUCGUCUCAGGGCUAUGGCCAACCGGCAGCAUACGGGCAGCCAUCGGGCUUUGUACAGCCUGCAUCCCCCUACGGACAGCCUGCUGCCCAGGAUCCCAAUGCGCUUGGCCAGCAGUUUGGACAGAUGAACUUGGGUCCUCAGCAGGGACAGGUAGCGCCGCAACAGCAACAACAAGCAGCUGCAGCUUCGCAGAAUCAAUUGUUCCCCUCCGAUCUGAUCGCGCAGCCCUUUCACGUCUCCGAGCUAUACAACCCCCCACCGCCAAUCAACCUCCCCGCGAACGCCGCAGCUACACCCUCCGAAUUCGCAAACGAGUCGAGCAAGUACCUGCGCUGUACAUUGAACACCAUCCCUACCAACCACUCUUUGCUUAAGAAGAGCAAGCUGCCAUUUGCAUUGGUUAUUAGCCCGUAUGCCAGCUUGCACGAUUCAGAGGACCCUGUGCCGGUCGUUCACGACCAGGUUAUCAGCCGUUGUCGACGAUGCCGAGCGUACAUCAACCCCUUCGUUUCCUUCCUCGAUCACGGACACAGGUGGAGGUGCAACAUGUGCAACCUGACGAACGAUGUUCCCCAGGCCUUCGACUGGGAUGCGGCACAACAGAAGAGCGUCGAUAGGUGGCAACGCCCUGAGCUGAAUUAUGCCGUUACCGAGUUCGUUGCGCCACAAGAAUACAUGGUCAGACCUCCACAGCCGCUGUGCUACUACAUCCUGCUGGACUGCACACAAGCAUCUGUGAACAGCGGUCUCCUUGCGGUUGUUUCGCGGGUCAUCAAGGAGGCAUUGGAGAGGAUACCAAAUGCAGACGGCAGGACGCGCAUUGGAUUCAUGGCUGUGGACUCGAGUCUGCACUUCUUCUCCAUCCCACCGGAUGGCAGCGAGAACAACGAUGCACACCAACUUGUUGUUUCUGACCUGGACGAGCCCUACCUACCAAUGCCCACAGACUUGCUUGUCAGUCUGAGCCAGUGCCGAAACAACAUCGAGAACUUCCUCGACCGUCUCCCUGCGAUGUUCCAGAACACACACGUGCCCGGCUUUGCGCUGGGUUCCGCUCUUCGAUCUGCGCACAAGCUGAUUUCGCCGCUUGGAGGAAAGAUCACAGUCAUUGGUGCCUCGCUCCCCAACGUUGGGCAUGCUGCGUUGUCCCCCAGAGAAGACAAGUCCUUGUUGGGUACCGGAAAGGAGGCUAGUCUGUUGCAACCAGCCAACAACUGGUACAAGUCGUUCGCUGUAGAGUGCUCUAAGAACCAGGUCUCGGUCGACAUGUUCCUGUUCUCAUCCCAAUACCAGGAUGUUGCAACACUCAGCAACCUGCCACGUUUCACGGCAGGCCAAACAUAUUUCUACCCUGGAUGGAACGCUGCUAGGCAAGAGGACGUCAUGAAAAUUGCCAAGGAGUUGGCCGACUACCUAUCUGCAGAGAUCGGUCUAGAGGCCGUUCUGCGCGUGCGUGCCACAACCGGUCUGAGGAUGUCGGCUUUUUACGGCAACUUCUUCAACCGUUCUUCGGAUCUCUGCGCUUUCCCAGCAUACCCUAGGGAUCAGGCUGUUGUAAUCGAAGUCGCAAUCGACGAGACCAUUAGCAAGCCCUUUGCCUGUCUCCAGGCUGCUGUUCUGCACACAACUUCAAGUGGGCAACGCCGUAUUAGGGUACUGACACUCGCUGUGCCUACCACAGAAAACCUCGCGAAUGUAUACGCCUCGGCCGAUGCUCAGGCUAUCACUACUUACUUUACCCACAAGGCCGCUGAGCGUGCUUUGUCAAGUGGUCUGGAUGCUGCUCGCGAUGCCCUGCAGGGCAAGAUCAUCGAGAUCUUGCAGACCUACAGGAAAGAGUUGGCCGGCGGCAGCAUGGGAGGUGGUGGCCUUCAGCUGCCUCAGAACUUGCGUGCUCUGCCAAUUCUGUUUUUGGGUCUCAUCAAAAACGUCGGUCUGCGAAAGAGUGCACAGAUUCCCUCCGAUCUGCGAUCAGCUGCUCUCGACCUUCUAUCAACAUUGCCCCUACGUCUGCUGGUUCAGUACAUCUACCCUGCAUUCUACAGCCUUCACGAUAUGCCUGACGAUGCUGGUAUUCCUGACCCCACCACCGGCCAUAUCACAAUGCCUCCUCUGAUGAAUCUCACAUCGCAGUCCAUCGUUCCUUACGGCCUGUACCUGCUUGAUGACGGUGUCAACCAGUUCCUGUGGGUUGGUCGUGACACUGUCCCCGCUCUGCUUGGUGAUGUCUUCGGUGUUGAGGACCGCACACAAUUGAAGCAGGGCAAAGCUUCCCUGCCGACUAUCGACAACGACUUCUCCGAGCGUGUACGAGCAGUCGUAGAGAAGUCUGGAGACCACAAGAGCAAGGGUGUUGGAAGCAUUGUCCAACCUUCGCUGUAUAUCAUCAAGGAGGACGGUGAGCCAAGCUUGAAGCUCUGGGCUCAGACAUUACUGGUCGAAGACCGUGCAGACCAGGGCGAGAGCAUUGUCCAGUGGAUAAGCAAGCUGCGAGAGAAGGUUGUUCAGUAGACGUGUUCCCAGCGUUAUUUCAAAAUGUAGCUUGUAAUGACUUGGAGCGGCGUAGGCGAGUUGAAAGUCGCAAUCGACUUGGGUGGCGGGUGAGUUGCUAUAAGCAUAGUUGUAGGACACUAGCCAGCUGCAUGCUCGCAAUAGACAC